GCUGUAUCUCUUUGGCACUCAGUGGAUUCCCUGCCUGGACUCCAGUGGGACAGGACAGGACAGGCUUGCCUGGGGGAGACCUGCGCUGGGUUCAGGUGAGUUGGGCGUUUGCUCGUUGAGCAAAUCUGGCUGGAUGUGUGUGUCACACUGGGAGUGCCCAUGUCUCCGGUCCUCCCGCAGCCAGCUGCUACGUGCCAGCUGCCUGCCGUGCUCUGGUGAGUGGGCCAGCAAAACUGUAAAGGGGAAAAGCUUCCCAACAUUAAGGAGGAGAGAGCUGUAGGAUAGGGAGCAAAUAAUCAAUUUGGAUCAACCCAGGAAAGAGGUUUUUCUUUCAAUGGUUCUUAUAGGAAAGGACAGGCAGCGAUGCUGCUGGGGGGCUGCCAGGAAGCUGCAGAGCAAAGGGAUGCCUGAAGGAUGGGUAAUUGGUACUGAAGGUUGCGGCAGCAGAGAGAGAGAAAGAAAAGGACUCAAACAGCAGAAAGAUUGAGAAGAGAGAUGAGAGUGGGCCAGGCAGGGGUGGGGAAGAAGGGUAGCGAUGGCUAGGUGAUAAUAGGUACAGGAGGAAAGGUGCUAGGAGUGAGGUAGGCUGUAGGCAUUUUAGCUCCUGCAAACGCGAGGCAGUGACUCUCUCUCCUCGUGUGCUGCCCUGCAGAGGUGCCGGCCCUGGCAUGUUGACUUGGGGGCUGCAGCUCUAAAAGGUGUGCCUGGAAGUGUGCUCCUUUUCCUUUUUGCCUCAGAGGCUUCAUCAAAUUUGUUGCUGUGUAGGGGUGAGGCAGGGAGACAGCACAGUUUGGGUAUGUGCUAAACUCUGGGGAUCUGUGGGCAUAUUUGUGAACAAACCCAGGCAGAACACAUGGGGGUUUCAUAACACCUGAUCUGUGUCUCCUUAAAUCAACAGUGCUUUUAAAGUAAUCGCUACCAAUCAGGGCUUUCAUCCAAUGCCAUUGGAAAUGCCAUUGCCCCAGUUUUUCCUCUUUGACAGCUGCUGAUACGAGAGGCUGAACCUUGGACCUGACCUUUGCAGCUCUGCAACAGCCCACCUUUGCUGGAUUCAUGGGUGCAGAUGUGGUCCUUGCAGAGGGCAGGCUAAUGAGCCCUGCGCCGUAUCUCUACCUGCCCAUGCUCCUGGGCAGGGCUAUAGGAAAAUUUUGGUGCCCCAGGUUGGAAAGCAGAUACCUCGCCUCUUGGAGGGUGCAGGUGGGAUGCAGUCCCAUUGCAUUGCAAUGCAGCGUUACAGCAGGCACUGCUAGGAAGGGGUUACGGCACUGCUAGAGUCAUAAUGCCACACGCCUCUGCCUGCCCCAACUUCACCUGAUGUGCCUUGUCCUGUGCACCAACUGGAGAUGUCUGAGCCUGCCCAGGCUCAGCCAGGUAGAUCCCCAGCCUGCACCUAAGCAGGGUGUGGGGUGCUGGGCUCCCUGUGCAGGGCCGAACAGGGAGCUCGGUGCAGGGACAAUAACGGUGCGGAGCCCAUGCGGCACUGCUCUGCUGUUCUGUGAUGGCUGCGCACGCAUCUGUGCCGAGGCACGGGGCUCUGCCAAAUAAGCUGUUGGCUCCCCUCGUCCUCUGGGCUGGAAGGCAAAAUAUAAUGCGUCAUGCUAUGACCUCACCUGCCUUUCGGAAGGAUUUCGCUUGAGUACUCUUCCUCCAUGUUCCCUGUUUCUCAUUGCUCAGACAGCAAAUGCCCCCAGCUGUGCUUAGGGUGUGCCUGCCUGAGGGAGUUUAGCUAGAAGUGCCUAGAGUAGUGUGAUGCCAAAUCCCCCGCACCGCUCUCCUGCCUCCAACCCACUUGGACCCUUGGAGAUGUUGGCUGCCCACAGAGCUGGCUCCUCUGCUCUCCUGCCCCAAAGCAGCAGCCCCAGAGAAGUGACUGCAAGGUUAAGACUUUAGGCACUGCAGAGGUUAGGAUUUUUGUGCGGGCCUGCGUGAACCUGCAGAGCGUAGCUGCUUUGCUGCCCACUCUUCCCCUAACCCCUUGGCCUCCAGCCUCAGGCUGACCUGGUCAGCAGCAGGCUGCUAAGCCGCAGCACGGGGGGCUGGCAGCCUCCCUCCCUCCACCGGACCUACCCAGGACUGCCGGGUGUCACGCCUCGCUCCGUGACUUUGCUGCCCCGGUUAGGCGGCAGCCCCGUAGCCACCGUGUCCCCUCCUGCGGACUCUGUCCCAUCCCUGUGGGGCACCUCCGGGCUGCACCACAGGUCGCUGCCCUGCCAUGCCCCUGCUGAGCCUGUUUGCAGAGCGGGUGCUGGAGCAGCGUGGCUUUCACCCUCUGUGGCGUUCACCUGCUCCGCAACUCCAGCCAGUGACAGGAGCCAUGCUGUCCCCACGCUUCAGCUGUGCACAAGGACCUCUGAGCAAGCCUGACGCAGCUGCAGGAUUUCAGCCAGACACCUCUGGCCGCCAGGUGGGUGGCUCUAGGGGCUCCACCGGGGCCAGGCUGGGGCCAGCCUGGCUCUGCGUCUGCAGGAGACCUGUCACUGUGGUGCUCUGUAAGAAAGAAGGAUCUGCCGUGGUUGCGUGCUACUGGGCCUCCUGCUAUAUGGCAGUGGAUACAAGACUAUGGGCUGAGUGGAGGUCUCGAGAGCAUCUGGUGUGAUGCAAAGAGCCAUGACAAGAGCUGUGGCUAAGGAAGGAGAGCCCAAUGGGGCCAUCACAGCUCCCGAAGAGAUAAAAAAGGAGGAAAUGGAAGACAGAGGACAGUGGAGUAGCAAAAUGGAGUUUGUGCUGUCUGUGGCUGGCGAGAUCAUUGGUCUGGGUAACGUGUGGAGGUUCCCGUACCUCUGCUACAAGAACGGUGGUGGAGCCUUCCUCAUCCCUUACCUCAUCUUCCUCUUCACUUGCGGGAUCCCCCUGUUCUUCCUGGAGACGGCGCUGGGGCAGUACACCAGCCAGGGAGGGGUGACAGCCUGGAGGAAGAUCUGUCCCAUCUUUGAAGGAAUUGGGUAUGCCUCACAAGUCAUUGAGUGCUAUCUGAAUAUCUACUACAUCAUCAUCCUGUCCUGGGCACUCUUCUACCUGUUCAGCUCCUUCACUGCAGUGCUACCAUGGGCCAGCUGCAAUAAUCCCUGGAACUCAGAUCUCUGUGUGGACAUUCUGAAUAGCUCCAGCCUGGACAACAGGACCUUGCCUGCGAACGCCACCUCCCCAAUGAUUGAGUUUUGGGAGAAGCGAGUCCUGGGGCUCACGGAUGGUAUUCACAAACUGGGCACUGUGCGCUGGGAGCUGGCUCUGUGUCUUCUGCUGGCGUGGAUCAUCUGCUACUUCUGCAUCUGGAAAGGGGUCAAGUCCACAGGCAAAGUGGUUUACUUCACUGCCACCUUCCCGUAUGUGAUGCUUAUCAUCCUGCUGGUGCGAGGAGUCACGCUGCCGGGUGCUGCUGAGGGGAUCAUCUUCUACCUGAAGCCGGACAUUUCCAGGCUGGCAGACCCACAGGUCUGGAUGGAUGCAGGCACUCAGAUCCUCUUCUCUUAUGCCAUCUGCCAGGGGUGCCUGACAGCUUUGGGCAGCUACAACAAAUAUACCAACAACUGUUACAGGGACUGCAUCAUGCUCUGCUUCCUGAACAGUGCCACUAGCUUCAUUGCUGGCUUUGCUAUUUUCUCUGUGCUGGGUUUCAUGGCUCGAGAGCAGGGUGUACCCAUUGCAGAAGUGGCUGAAUCAGGUCCUGGUCUGGCUUUCAUAGCAUAUCCAACAGCAGUAACGAUGAUGCCCGUGUCUCAGCUCUGGUCCUGCCUCUUCUUCCUCAUGCUGAUCUUCUUGGGACUGGACAGCCAGUUUGUCUGUGUGGAAAGCAUGGUGACAGCUCUUAUUGACAUGUUCCCGGGAGUGUUUCGGAAGAAGGGGCGUCGGGAACUGCUGAUCCUGGCCAUUGCAGUCAUAUGCUACCUGCUGGGCUUAUUGCUGGUCACUGAGGGUGGGAUGUACAUCUUCCAGCUCUUUGACUACUAUGCUGCUAGCGGCACCUGCCUGCUAUUCCUGGCCAUUUUUGAAGUCAUCUGUGUAGGAUGGGUGUAUGGUGCCAACCGCUUCUACGACAACAUUGAGGACAUGAUUGGUUUCCGGCCGUGGCCCUUGAUCAAGAUAUGCUGGCUGGUGUUCACCCCAGGUCUGUGCUUGGCUGUCUUCCUGUUUUCCCUGAUCAAGUACACACCCUUGAAAUACAACAAUUCCUACGUGUACCCGCCCUGGGGCUAUGUGGUGGGCUGGCUGAUGGCACUCUCCUCCAUGGUCUGCAUUCCUCUCUACGCCAUCUUCAUCCUCCUGAAAACCAAAGGAUCCCUGAAGCAGCGACUAACACAGCUGAUUUACCCAGCGGAGGAUCUGCCGCAGCCGAAGAAGCAUGUGCCGGGGCUGUCCGAACUGAAGCAGAAGGGAUGGUCCCCUCCGGUCCAGGAGGUGCUCAGUAUCACAGAGAGAGAAACCCACUUCUAAGACACUGGGGAUGUCUCCUCCAUACCCCGGACUGAUUUGCUCUCUCCUUCCCGAAGUGGUUUCUUUUCUCUCCUGGGCUCUUCCCUUCUCUCCUUCACAUCUGAGACAGAAGCAUCUGGGACACCCUCUUCUUCCAGCCAGCUGGUUGCACCCACUGGGGACAGCAUUUCUUUUGGCACCCUGGGGACAACUCUGUCAGCAGCUGGGGAGAGAGCAACACGCUUUUGUCAGAAGUGUCCUCCAGUACUGACACUGGUGGGGAAGAAAAAACCAAUGUAUUAACAAAAAAAGAAAAGAAAAAAAAAAAGCAGUUGUGUUUGGAGGAGGGAAGGAAACCACAGUGGUGAGAGAGAGCAGAGAAUAAAGGUGUGCAGGAGCAAAGUUAGGGAUGCAGAGGCACAAAACGAUGGGGUGUUAACGCAGGGAAUAAGUAAGCUGGUUCAGAAGUACAUAAGAAGCUGGAGAAUGACAAAAGGGAAGUGCAUUGCUAGGUCACCUACGUACAAGGGAGAGGGAGCCAGGAACAUACCAUAGGCAAUAAUAAAAGGAGGCUGCAGCGUUAGUAGUUACGGCUUCAGUUGUCAUUGAAAGGGAAGAGAGUGGCAGGAUGCUCAAUGCAAUCAUAGUUAUUGAUGAUGGAUCUCAAGGCAGUCUCAGGCUGGAAAGGGGGUGAGGAAUAACUAUCUGGAGGACUCACUCUUGGUCAAAACUACACAGCCCAGUGAAAAUGCAUCCAAGAGUGAAACAGCUGAAUAUUUGACAAUUCUUUCAGAAAAUUCAUGGAGUGCAGGAAAAGUCCCAGAGCAGUUGGUAAAAAAAAUAAGCUGCAGCACAGCAGGGAGAAAUGAGACCCUGGGACUGCUCGCCUACAAAUUUAACUGCACUGCUGGGGCAUUUUGUAGAGCAAUUAAUGAAGGAGUUGAUGGCCCUGAUUCUGUGCUGCAGAGUAGCUUUGGGGUGAGGGUGGGAAAAGGAUUGCGCUCUCUCGGCUUUGCUGCAGAUGACUGCUCAGGGGAUAAGGAAGACAUAAUCAGGCACAAUAAUCAUAAGCUCAGGCAAGAUAAAGCAAUAAUUAAUAGGUAAGAUGGGUUCUUUGGAAGCAGAUUGUGUCAAAUGAAGGGUCUCUUGUUGCCAGAGUAGUCAUGAAUGUGAGGCGAUGGCUGGGAGGGAUUGCGCUCGGAUGCGGCAUUUGGUGCGGUGCCAUGCAGCUCUGUCCUGUGGAGGCUGGGGCUGUAAAACUCCCUGCCAAAACUUGCUUGAAUGCCUAUCAGAAUUUCACAGUUAAAACCACAAGAAAAGACAAUGGCAGGAUCCCCACAGGAGCUUUGCCGUGGUCGAGGGCAUACGUGCCAGUGCACGGCUGUGUUGCAAUAGUGGUGCAUCAAACCACACUGGAGAAUGGCCAUUAAAAAGAAUCAGAGAUGCCACAGGCUCCUUUCCCUUGUUCCUCGUUCCACGUAAUUGCUUUUCCCUGUGCUAUGUGGAGAUAAACCACCAGCACUGAAAGUAAGCGGGAAAAUCGGGCCUCAUCUGUGCAAUGCGGUACCUAUUCCAAUUGCUAUGGGAACCUUAUCUUUUGCAGUUUCCUGUGAGUUUAACUGAUGAAUUAGCACAGGGCAAUCUUUUCCCCAUUUAAUUUCCUUUCCUUUAAAAACUAAAAACUAAAAACUAAAAACUGUUGGUGAAAUGAACACUAAAAGUCAAGUAUCAAAAUUUGUACCUCUCUGUGACAUUAUGGUUUGAUUGGAGAUGAUCUACUGUAAAAGGUUGAGAUAGCUGGCAAACCUCAUUCUUGUUCCCUGCAAAGGACUGCAGCACCCCAUAAGAUAACAUUUAUUUUAUUUUUAUUUUUAUUUUUCAAAGAACUGAACGUCACGUUGCAGCAAUAGUCGUGGGAAGAGCUUAACAUCCAGAGGCUUGCAGUCAGGCCUCAUGGUAAGUAUUUUGGUGGGUUUUCCUCUCCCUCCCAGCAGUGUUGCUCACGAUUUGGUGGGGGGAGCAGCUCCCUGCAGCAGGUCUCUACGUGCAGCCGGAGCAAAAGCCAGUGGCUGCCAUGAAAGAGUAGCAGUGCCAGGGUGGCACAGCCCGAUCAGCUGGAGGAAUCACCGGCACCUGGGGGGUGCCGGGUGUUCGCUGGUUGCUUGCUCUGUGGCUGCCUCCCCACGCUCGGAGCUGCGGCAGGGCUGUGCACAAGAGGCUUGUUUUCAGGCGUGGGCUGCAGCUGCCUUGGCAGUGGUCAGAAUGGUGGUAUUGGUUUUGAGAAGGAAACCUGCCUUCUCUUCUUCAAGCAACAGAAAGGAAUGUUAAAGGACUGGGACUUGCCAUAUAGAUUCAGCCUUAGGCAUUAGCACCGGUUUCUUGUAUGACCCUUGGUAGGUCAUUUAACCCCUUUGCUCCUGCUGCCAUGCCUUUAAGAUGUAAGGUAGUGGCGUACUGCCAGACUAGUCAUGGAGAUGUAUUCACUCCUUUUUCUGAGGUAGUCCAAUAACACUGCAAAAAUCCUAGACAGAAAUAAAUCACUUUUCAAUUUUGAGCACAAAUAUGGGGCUAUGUUAUUGAAAAUAAAUACUGCAUGAACUGGU